ACACUUGUGUUGAGUGGCAGCUGCAGGUAACACUGGGCCACUCUUAACACACCUGACGCUCAAACGCACAGAAUGAACUAAGCUGGCCUGCUCCUGGACACAACCAGACAGCCACGCUCAAUCAUAUCGUCUCAUACUUGUGAUCCAACAGGAGUGGUAAUCAAGCUGAAAGUGGGAGAGGAGGAUGAGAGGUGCUUUCCUGCUACUCGCCACCUCCUGUGCUCUUCUCAGUACAGCCUGGUGUGAGUGUGAGACCGGAUGGAGACCCUACGAUAACCGCUGUUACUUCUUCUCCACGUCCACCCUGAACUGGAACGAUGCGCGCACAGACUGCGAGACAAACAAGGAUGCCAAUCUGAUGAGCAUCACAAGCCACGCUGAGAGAGAUUGGGUCCGCACUCAGGUGGGAGGACAGAUUUACUGGAUUGGUCUGAAUGACAUUGCUGAGGAGGGUGUUUGGGAGUGGACGGACGGCUCUGUGUGGAACCCCAUUCUGGCGUACUGGAGGCCCAACCAGCCUGAUAAUUGGCAGGGCGAUGAGCACUGUGGACAGGCGGACACCAAUGGCCGGUGGAACGACGAGGGUUGUGGAGUCAGACGGCGGUAUAUUUGCAAGCGUGAAAAUCCUAACCCUACAGUCGUGUGUGAUGAGACUAAUGGCUGGCUGCCAUACCAGUCCAACUGCUACAAGAUCCGCUUCGACCUGAGGAAGAGCUGGCUAGCAGCACGCACUGACUGCAUAGCACAAGGCGGGGACCUGGUGUCCAUCACUUCUGCAGAAGAGGAGCAGUAUGUCACUAGCCGUCUCGAUACCAACGCAUUUGACCUCUGGAUUGGCUACUCUACACUGGCCUGCAACACCCUCUCCUGCCAAGUCCAGGCUGACAGCACUCAAUUCCGCUGGUCAGACAGCAGCACCAGCACAUACACCAACUGGGCACAAGGUCAGCCAGACGAAAGCGAUAAAGCGAACGGACUGUGCACAGCGACCAUGAAGGCAGUCGGAGAAAAUUUUGGCAAAUGGAAGACCCACGUGUGCCGUCAUGAGCGACCGUACAUGUGCAAGCGUGGACUGAACACCAUUUGCCCUGCUGGGUGGCUCAGCUUCGCCGGGAACUGCUACUGGGUUGUCAACAACCCCAAUCUGCUGACCACCUGGAACGAUGCCUUCACCAAGUGCACUGAUAUGGGGGCCAACCUGGUCACCAUUAAGAAUGCAGAGGAACAGUUCUACAUUAAUGCCCAGCUCCCUGAUUUUCACCAAGUGGAAAUUCCUGAUAUCUGGAUUGGCCUCUCAGAUAAGAACCAGGAUGGCAAUAUCCAGUGGGUUGAUAAGACCCCGUUGGAAUUCUCAAAUUGGAGGAACGGUUUCCCCCAGAAUACAGCUAACAUGUGGGACUGUGGUCAGAUCUACACAGGAAAUUACAAUGGCAAAUGGGAGACCACAACCUGCAAUAAGAGACUCGGUUACAUCUGUAAAAUGUCUGGUGGCCAAAACGUCAAACCCACGCCAGCUCCAGAGUCCCACUGUGACCAGGGCUACUUGCUGUAUAAUGACUACUGCUACCACUUCGAGAGCGAUGAUGUCAUGCCCUGGAAUGACGCAGAACAGUACUGUGUUGUGCAUGGCGGUCACCUGGCCAGCGUCCACAAUCAAGAGCAAAUGAGCUUCAUCAUGGCACACAUGCCACGGACCUCAUGGGUCGGCCUAAACGACAUUCAGACUGAGAACACUUGGGUGUGGACUGAUGGCAGUGCGCCGGAUUUCUUACCCUGGGAGCCACAUCAACCAGACAACUGGCAAAACGAAGACUGCGUCUUCAUUCGUGGCGUGGAGCACUACAGCCCUGGCUCAAUUAAUGAUCAGAACUGUGCCUACUCGUUUCCUUUCAUCUGCCAGAAAGGCAAAGGCCAGGGCCCACCACCUGUUCCCCCAACCUCAGGUCCAGGCUGGAAUGAGAAGUGCGGCACCUGGUUAUCCGAUCCCUUCAACGACUACUGCUACCUCGUGAAUUCCCUGUCCAUGAGGACCUGGAGGGACGCCAGGGCCGACUGUGUCAACCAGGGGGGCGACCUGCUCAGCAUCACCGAACCCUUUGAGCAGGCCUUCAUCCAUUCUAUAGUGACGCAGAUCCCCACUGGCGUGGGUCUGUGGAUGGGAGGCCAUGACUCUGUGACUGAGGGGGGCUGGGAGUGGAGCGACGGAUCCCCCUUCCGCUACAUCAACUGGAACGCAGGCAAUCCUGAUGAUUAUUAUGGAGAAGACUGCCUCGAUAUUCUUAUCAGUAGUGGCCUCUGGAAUGAUGAUAACUGUGACUAUGACAGAGGUUAUAUUUGCAAACGAAGAGGAAACACUCCAGAGCCCCCUCCACCUCAUGAUGGUUUCCUCACCGGUCUCGCCUGCGAGGGCUCAAGCAUUGUGCUCCACUGCCCACAUAACAGCGUCAUCGACAUCCAAUCAGCUUUCUUCGGCCGCAAGAGUGACAAGAUCUGCCCUUUCAAUGAGGGAUCCACAGGGUCUUGCACUGUGCAGGGCUUUCUGCCUAUAGCCAGGAAACACUGUGACAACAGAGCCUUCUGUUUCCUGAUGGGAAGAGCAGACCCGGACCCCUGCCCAACAAUCUCCAAAUACCUAGAGGUGGUGUACAGCUGCGUAGAUAAUGUGUGUCUGAGAGGACUGGGCGUGGAGGAUGGGAAUGUGACCGACGCCAUGCUCUCGGCCUCCUCCUCCAUCAAUGGCAAAGGUCCAGCCCAGGCUCGGCUCAACGGCGCCUCCUGCUGGAUGCCCUCUACUUCCGCUAAUUCCUGGAUCCAGGUGGACUUAGGCGCUUCAAAGAAGAUCACAGGAGUAGUGGUCCAAGGGUGCCCUACUGCAGACCACUGGGUCACCACAUUCAAAGUCCAGACCAGUAUAGAUGGGUUGCAGUGGACUGACUACACACAGGAUGGAGGGGAGUAUCCAGGCAGUGUGGACAACACCACUCCUGAGACACAGCUCCUGGGGACACCUGUCUCCGUGCGCUACGUCCGCAUCCUGCCAGUGGCCUGGAAUGGACAGACUGGACUGCGGUUUGACAUCCUGGGCUGUGUCUCUGACUAUGCCAUAAACUGUGAUUCAACAAUAUGGUUGGACCAUGCAACUGAAAAAAAAACGUUACACUGUCCGGCCGGAUGUGCUCGUGAGCCAUACAGUGUGUACGGAACAUUGACAUAUCGGGGUGACUCUACCAUCUGUGCAGCUGCCAUGCAUGCUGGAGUGAUUCUGAAUGAGAAUGGAGGAGACUUCACGAUCAUCAAAACACCAGGCCAGUCCUUCUACAGUGGCUCUACUAGAAACGGCAUCACCUCCAAACAAUUCGAUGGAGACUAUGGCAUUUCUUUCCAGUUUGCAGAUGGAGAACUGCGUUGCUCAGGGCCUGACUGGUAUGAGUUUGGGGAGUUCUGCUACAAGCCAUAUGGUGACAAAAAGACGUGGCGAGGUGCACGAGACGCAUGCGGGAAGGAGGGAGCCGAUCUCGUGUCCAUCGCCUCAUUGGCCGAGCAGAGUUGGCUGGAGAGCUACCUCUACCAGGCCAACUCUGAUGUGUGGAUUGGCCUGAAUGACCUGACCUUCUCCGGUUAUUUUACCUGGACGGACAGCUUUCAGGUCACCUUCACCUACUGGGCACCUGGCGAGCCCAAUAAUCACCUGGGCUUCAAUGAGGACUGUGUAGAAAUGUACCAUCAGACGGGAAGGUGGAAUGACGUCACCUGUAGUGAACUCAACACCUACAUUUGCAAGAAACCCAAAGCACAUUUCCCACUACCCUCCGUCAAGCCCACUGUCUAUGGAUGUCCAGCGGGCUGGGAUGCAUACGCCUAUGGCUGCUAUUGGUUUGAGGAGGCCCCAAAGACACGGGACGAGGCCAAAGCCUUCUGUGAGGCAAGCGAUAGCACGCUGCUUCACAUCAUGGACGUCUAUGAGCAAGCCCACUUCACAGCCUUCCUGGGGAAGUACACUGGGGAAUGGUGGAUAGGCCUGAAGGGACUGGGCGGCAAUGUAGGGGUCGACUACUUCUGGGACAACGGAAUGGCACUUUCCUUCACCAACUGGGACAGGGAACAGCCAGAUCAUGCGGCAGGGUUUUGUGUCACCAUGGCGACGGCUCCCAUCGCCGGGUUCUGGAAUAACGAGGUUUGCACAGAAGCACGCCCCUUCGUCUGUGAGAAGCCGAGGAACGGCCUGUCUCCCCCAACACGAGUCCCCACCCCCCCUCCUGUCGACGGCUGCGCAAACGGCUGGACCGGUCAACCCCACUACAGGAACUGCUACAGGCUCUUCACAGUGGACUACUCCGCGAAGAAGAGCUGGCAGGCGGCACGCGAGGACUGUGUGUCGCGGGGGGCCGACCUGAUCAGCAUCCACACUGGCGACGAGGAGAUCUUCCUGGCGUCCUUCACCAAGGGCAAGACCUCGUGGAUCGGCCUGAAGCACAACGCCUUGGAUGGAGGCUACCAGUGGAGUGACGGCUCUGCCGUGAGUCACACUAACUGGGGCUUUGGGGAGCCCAACAACCACGAGGGACGCGAGGAGUGUGUGGAGAUGAUUACCACCAACAACGGCACCUCCUUCUGGAACGACAUAAACUGCGACGCUCACCAGGACUGGAUCUGCAUGAUCGCCAAGGGCAAGACCCCCAUUUUGCCCCCUGUGCCCCCUUCACCUGUCCCAGCUCCUGACUGUGGCACGAACCCUGGAUGGAGGAAGAACAAUGGGAUCUGCUACCUCUUCAAUGACACCGACCCCGUGGACUUCCACACGGCAAAGCGGCGUUGCUAUGCUGAGAAAGCCCGGAUGGUCUCCAUCCUGGAUGAGGCCGAGCAGUCGUAUGUGGUCACCAUGGUGGGAACAAGUCAACUGGCCAGUGCUUGGCUUGGCAUGUAUAUGGCUGGAAUAGCAAACGGACAGUAUGCGUGGGUGGAUGGGUCACCUAUGACGUAUGUCCAUUGGGGCCCAGGUGAACCCAACGACGCCAACGGGGAGGAGAAGUGUGUGCAGAUUAAUAGAUACCCAGGCUCAUGGAAUGAUGUGAACUGUGGCCGAGACAUAGCUGGCUACAUAUGUAAGAAGUACCCGGGCAAUGACCACACCCCUGCCCCACCCACCCCAGCCUGGGACGGAAACUGCCCAGCAGGGUGGAUGCUGAUUGGAAGCAAGUGCUACCUGGUCAAGGGUCCUGAUCGCAACAACCAUAAUGACUUCAAAGCCAACUGGAACACAGCUCGGAAGUGGUGCAAAGAUAAUGGGGGAGACCUGGCUGUCAUCGACUCGCAUUAUGAAAACGACUUUGUGGCCAGUUACCUGCGGGACCUGGUGAAGCCUGUAUGGAUCGGUCUGACCGAUAGCCUUCACGAGGGCAGGUUUGCCUGGAGUGAUGGAGUCAGCCCCGUGCUCUACACCAACUGGGCAGACAAGGAGCCCAACAACCACGACGGCAAGGAGCACUGUACGGCCAUAACACACUCCCACCAUCAGACAGGCCGCUGGAACGAUGAUGCGUGUACUCAGGAGUUUGGCUGGGUCUGCUCCCAGAAAAAAUCGAGUAGCCUUCCUCCAUCCAAAAACCCGUGUAAAGAAGGCUACAUCUCCUGGUAUAAUAACUGCUACAAGCUGGCGUUCGAGCCCAAGACCUGGGAGGCCGCGCAGGUCGCCUGCCAGCAGGAUGGAGGGAACCUGGCCAGCGUGGACAUGAGCUAUGACCAGGCCUUCAUCUCUGGAGCGGUGCUGCAGGGAAGGUCGGACUCCUGGAUUGGGCUAAGGAAAAAAGAGGACAGUGAUUCCUACAGCUGGACUGACGGCUGGCCUGUGUUCUUCACCCACUGGGGACCUGGGGAGCCGACCAAUCACAAAGGAGAGGGCUGUGUGGCCAUACACGGCCCAGUUGGGCACUUCUACGGCACCUGGAACGACACAGCCUGUGACGCCGCCAAGCCCUACAUCUGCAAGAUCUCCUCAGAGAAGCCACCACCAACUCCUGCACCGGGAGAUGGGAAGUGUCUGCCCGGCUGGAGGCCGUAUGGACGCCACUGCUACUUUGUGCACGACGCUCAGAAGGGCCACUCCUGGUCCGAGGCGAGGCACUUCUGCCAACUGGCCUCAGCCGAGCUGGCCUCCUUCCACACCCGGGCCGAAAUAGAGUUCAUCCAGCAGUGGAACUACACAAAGUACCAUCACCUCUGGAUCGGCCUCACCAGGGACACCUCCUACGGUUGGGCCUGGACUGAUCUGAGCUCUGUGAGAUAUUUGAACUGGGCACCAGGGGAGCCCAACGAGAAUAUCCAUGAUGGAGAGCUGGGCAGAGAGGACUGCGUGGAGAUGUACCACGAUGGCCGCUGGAACGACAACAACUGCGGUCUGAAACGAGGCUUCAUCUGUCGGCAUCGCCAAUACUACUUCACUGAUGACGACGGAAAUAUCAUCGUACCAACAGAUCCUCCUGCAGGAAGCGGCAAUGGUGGUCUAAUUGCCGGGGCUAUUAUUGGUGCCAUUAUAUGCGUCGGACUAAUUGUAGGUCUUCUGUACUAUGUUGUUAAUGUACGAGGAGUGAAAUUGAGUUCCAUAAGCUUCCCGAGUCGAGACAAAAGUGCUGUUGACGUGCCAACUUUCAGUAAUCCCAACUUUGGAGGGGAAUCAGAGACAUGAGGGGAUUCUGUGAAGUCGGCUGGAUCCCACUGGUCUUGUAUAGUACACGUGGCAUUGCUGCAUGGCAAUCACACUGCCUCUCGAUUACCAAAAUGUUUGCUUCAGUAUUUCAGCCUAUGAACACAUUUCCAUGUCAAAUUAUAUGAAACACAUGACAUUUUUACCACUUUUAUUGAAAAUGUGCCAAAUUAAUUUUCUUGUUGAAAUUGUAACAUUCCUUUGUAUAUAUUUUGUCUGUACUUAAGCUGAAAUUAAAAUGUAAUAAAAAAUAAAUAAAUUUUGAAUUAAAUGAAUUGAAUUAAAAAUAAUAAAUUAUU